CUGAAUUCUUCAUGGAGUGGCUGUUUGUCUAUAUUUAGAGGGACCCGGUUAUAUUGAAGUCACGGCAGACCUGGCUGCCUAUAGUUCUCCGUCUUCACCAGCUAUCACACCCUUUCGUUCACAUCUUUGCUUCCAGCCAGUCCUCAAAGAAUGGAUCCCCAGGGUUUGAGAGAAGAUCUGCGUCUGUUUCAGACCACUCUGCUUCAGGAUGGACUCAAGGAGCUCCUGAAUGAGAAUAAACUGAUCGACUGUAUCUUAAAAGUUGGGGACAGAAGCAUCCCCUGCCAUCGCCUAAUUCUGGCAGCUUGUAGUCCUUACUUUCGGGAGCUUUUCUUCUCAGAAGAUGGCAAAGAAGUGGAGAAAAAAGAGGUUGUUCUGGAGAACUUGGAUCCCACUAUUCUGGAGGCCAUUGUGAACUACAUGUACUCAGCAGAAGUCGACAUCAAUGACAACAACGUGCAGGACAUUUUGGCAGUUUCCAAUCGCUUCCAGAUUCCAUCAGUGUUCACAGUUUGUGUGAACUAUCUUCAGAAGAGGCUGUCAAGGAAGAACUGCCUCGCCAUCUACAGGCUGGGUUUGAUGCUGAACUGUGUCAGGUUGGCAAUGGCAGCUCGAGAUUGCAUUGCAGAUCGCUUUGAGACAAUAGCCAAGGAUGGGGACUUCUUAGAGCUUGCCCCACCUGAGCUCUUUGCAAUCAUCGGAGCUGAUUCUCUGAACGUGGAGAAAGAAGAAGUGGUGUUCGAGGCCCUCAUGAAGUGGAUCAGGAAGGACAAAGAGAAGCGUGCAAAGUCCUUAGAGGAGGCUUUUGAGUGCAUCCGUUUCCGUUUGCUGCCAGAGAAGUACUUCAAGGAGAAGGUGGAGAAGGAUGAGCUGAUAAAAGCUGAUCCAGAGCUUCAGAAGAAAAUCAAGAUGAUAAAGGACGCUUUUGCAGGGAAGCUGCCUGAGAAGAAAAAGGGGAAAGAUAAUGAGGAAGGAGAGGAGGCAAAGUUACCUGGCUUUCUGAAUGAUAACCGCAGACAUGGCAUGUACGCCAAAGACAUGGUGCUGAUGAUCAAUGACACCGCUGCUGUGGCCUACGAGGUCCAGGAUAACGAAUGUUUCCUGGCUGCAAUGGCAGAGCAGAUCCCCCGAAACCACGUCAGCCUGGUAUCAAAGAAGAACAAUCUGUAUGUGCUGGGGGGGCUGUUUGUCGAUGAAGAGGACAAAGAAACCCCUCUGCAAUGUUACCUCUACCAGGUAUAGAAAUUAUCUUUACAUAGCAGACAUGUGGCUGCCUCUAAAUGUGGUUCUCGUUCAUUUUUCAUAAUGUGUCUUUCAGUUGGACAGUCUGGCAUCUGAGUGGAUUGCUCUGCCCCCCAUGCCCUCUCCCCGCUGUUUGUUUGCUGUGGGGGAAUGUGAAAACCUCAUCUUUGCUGUGGCAGGAAAAGAUUUACAGUCCAAUGACUCUCAUGACUCUGUUCUGUGCUAUGACACUGAGUAAGUCUGGCAUACCGGCCAUUUGGAGCUGUAUAUCUCAUUAAAGCUAAUUUUUUUUUAGUUUGUGAUUCAUUCUCAGCAACUUCACCUGCUCUUUUCAGAAAAAUGAAGUGGUCUGAAUCAAAAAAGCUGCCCCUGAAAAUCCAUGGCCAUUGUGUGGUCUCUGAGAACGGGCUGGUGUACUGCAUUGGAGGAAAAACAGAUGACAAGUAAGACUCUCAUCUGUAAAUGUGUUUUAUGAGCACAAAAUAUGAUUUUCAUUUAAUGCUGAGAUUGAUCUUUUUUUGCCUAUAAAGUAAAUCAACCAAUAAGAUGUUUGCAUACAACCACAAGAGGUCAGAGUGGAAGGAGGUCGCUUCUAUGAAGACGCCCAGGUCCAUGUUUGGUGCAGUUAUCCACAAAGGGAAGAUUAUUGUGGCAGGAGGCGUCAAUGAAGAAGGCCUCACUGGGUCAUGUGAAGCCUAUGACUUUGGGACCAACAAGUAAGCUCACACAAAUGAAAACAUUAACACCCUUGAAAAUGUACAAAUACAGAACUUUUUUCACAUUGACCUCGACCAGUUUCAUGCUCCAGCACUAAGAAAAUAAAUGCAGUGGGAUUAGACAGAGGUUUUGUUGCAAAUAUUGAUAUGGAAUACAGCCAAGCGUACUUUGUUGCAGGUGGUCACCGUUCACAGAGUUCCCACAGGAAAGGAGUUCAGUGAACCUGGUAAGCUGUGGAGGCCUGCUGUAUGCUGUGGGGGGCUUUGCCAUGGUGGAGAAUGAGAACAAAGAGUGUGCACCCAGUGAAAUCAUCGACAUCUGGCAGUAUGUGUAUCAGUUUGAUUUCUAACAAAGUCAUCAUUCUCCAAGUCUCAGCAGUGUCUAAAAGUAAACUGUCCUUGCUGUUUUACCAGGUAUGAAGAUGAUAAGAAACAGUGGAGUGGCAUGAUUCGAGAGAUGCGAUACGCAGCUGGGGCCUCCUGCGUGUCCAUGAGGCUGAACGCAGCCAAAAUGCCUAAACUGUAACAGUCCUGAGAGAUAUACUUGAAUGUUGUAGCAAAAAAUAACAUGUAAAUGUUUGUUUUUAUUGACUCAUCUUUUUGCUCAUCCCUCAAAUGUCCCCUUUGAGUUAUGUGUG